AUGGCUAGCAACAGUUCUGAGGUUAUCAAUAUCCCUCUAGAUCUAAUCGUGGAGAUACUCAAGAAACUUCCAACAAAAUCUCUAGCGAGAUUUCGAUGCGUCUCGUAUCAAUGGGAAAGUAUUAUCAACAACUACAUAGUCAUUGAUUCGAUCGUGACUAGAAGAUCAAAUAAACCACCCCGUGAUCCCCACUUCUUCUUCCAGAAGCUUUUGAAUGAACCAUCACAACGUGGUCUCUACCGGCGUUCGUUCCCUACCCAUAAACCUUUUUCCAUCUUAUCGUAUACUUGCCUUUAUCAUCAAGUCACAGACGAAGAACAACUCUAUCACGAGGAGAUCAUCGGAAAAGGCCAAGACUAUGUAAGAGGCUUUCAACACGUACGUGGCUUAAUAGGGUUUUCGUGUUCACGUAACGUUCAGUUCACAAUAUACAACCCUACCACGAGGCAAUCUCUUUUAUUACCCGCUACGCGUUUACCAGGAACCUUGGUCUAUUUAUUCGGGUACGACCCUUUCAAGAAACAGUACAAAGUCUUGUCUCUAACGAAAAACCGAAGUGAACUGUCUUGUAAGAUUUUCGUGUUGGGAGAUGUCUCAAACGAGUGGUGGGACAUCAAAUGCAGCAUCGGAAGUCACUCCCCUUUGGCGGAAGCAGUUUGCAUGAACGGGAAAAUCUAUUACAAAGCAAGAAAAACAAACUGGACUCGUGUUUUGGUGAGUUUUGACGUUAGGCAUGAGAUGUUUAAUCAUGUUCAGACACCGGAAGAUCUAUCGUUGUCUGAUUACCAUGGAGAUUUUUCGAUUCUUGUAAACUACCAUGGGAAAUUAGGAUGCGUAUGUCGAAACAAGUUUGGCCUGAACACAGUCGAUAUGGAUGUUUGGGUUAUGCAGGACGCUGAGAAACAAGAGUGGUCGAAGAUUACGUUCUUGGACAUGCUUCACGGUUUACCUAUUUUGAAUAUCAGAUUUGCGGGUGUCACUAAUCCUGGAGGCGAAAUCGUUUUGGUCCAUGAAGAUUAUCUCAGUGAGUUUGCACUAGAUGUUUAUUAUUAUGAUCCGAAGCAAAAUGGUCUUAGAAGAGUUGAAAUCCAAACUACAACAUCGUUAUAUAGAGUAAGGCCUAGUAAUAGAGUUACAAUCUGGGCUGUCACGGAUCACGUUGAGAACAUCAUGCGCUUGUGA